CCUUCCGGUUCCGGGGUAGGGCCGGGCCGGGCCGUCGCCAUGGGACGGAAGAAAAAGACGCUGCACGACUACGCGGCCGAGUUCUCGGAGCUGGCGGUGAAGCGGCACCUCCCGGAGCGGGGCCCGGCCGGGGAGGCGGCGGCGGUGGAGACGCUGUACUGCACCUCCUGCCAGCUGCCCAUGCGGGUGCGGCGCGACCGCAUCCUGGAGCACCUCUCCUCCGGCCGCCACUACCGCAACCGCCGCCUGCUCCGCCAGCACGGCCUGCGCGCCCCGCUGCUCCUCUCUGCAGGUCCAGACGUCGGCCCCAGCUUGCCCCUGCAGCUCGACGCACCCGCCCUGCUCUCCCAACCGUCUUUCAUCCUCGCCGGCACCAGCACCGGCUACGGCACGAUCCCCUCGCUGCCUUCCUACCCCAAGCUGCUGGUCCCCCAACGCCCCGUCGCCGGGGAAGACCCGAUGCCCUCCGCCAGCCACCCCUCGGCCCUCGCCGCCUUCCCCCCGAGGAUCACGCCUGCCCCCUCAAAGCUGGCUGCCCAAAGAGGGGCUGCGCCCGAGGCCCUCGCGGCGUCGGCCCCGCAGCACAGCGGCAGCGGCGUCGGCCUCGCCCUCUUCGGCAUCGGGCUCGUUAAUAAAGCCCUCUUCCAAAGCCUGAUGGAGGAAAGCGGCUGCUGCUUGCUGUACGUCGUGGAGGACGGGCUGGAGGAGGUGCAGCACGCCUUCGGCGCCGAGUUCCUGGCCGGCACCAGGGUGCUGCGGCAGCAGGACGCCGACGUCGCGCUCAGCGACCAGCGAGUCUCUGGAGCCAUUAUUUGUUUGCCACCUGAAGAAGCCUCCAAGAUUGUAAUAGACGCUUUACGAGCGGGAAAAGGUGUGUUUUGCGAGAGGCUGCCCAGUUUUGACAGGCAGACGGCAGAAGCUUGUUUUGAUGAAGCUGACAGAUGUGGGAGACCGUUGGUGUGUGGAUUCUACAAGCGCUUCGACCCCGCGCUGCAGUUCCUGUACCAGAAGGUCCGCGACAGCCAGGCGCUGGGGAGGAUCCACCGGAUAUCGACCACCAGCAGCAUCUACCCAGCGGCGCCGCUGGGCUUCCUGAAGACUUCAGGUGGAAUUUUUUAUAAUGCUGCUGUGCAUGACAUAGAUAUUGUCAGUUUGUUAUUGGGGGAGAGUGCACCGGAUACAGUAUUUUCACUGGGACAUGCAUUCUGUGCAGAUAUGGCCUGCUUGAAGGAUGCAGACGCUGUAGCGGUCAGCAUGAAAUUUCCUAGCGGAGCGAUCGUUACUUUGGACGUCAGUCAGCACUGCACCAAAUCCUGUGAGCAGAGACUAGAGGUUCAUGGUUCCCAAGGGACAUUACGGGUGGAUAAUCAGAAUCCCCUGGGGAUUACGGAGCACGGGACUUCGGUAUCCCUGUAUUCACAGACCCAGGCCGAUCGCUACCGAGAUGCACACAGGGAGCUCUUCCGACACUUUCUGCGAACGCUGAGAGGCAAGGAACCCCCCGUGAUAACCAAAGAGCAGUUCCUCGGGACGAUUCAGGUCGCUGCAGCUGCGGAGCAGUCCUGGAGAAACGGAUCCGCUGUGGACUUGCGCAACGAAGCGACGGCUUCGUCUGUGGUCAAGACUGAGAUAAUGUGAUGGGCGCUGCUGCUUGCCGAGGUGCAGGCUGCUACGGCAGGGUCUUUCCACCUAGCGACGUCACCACUGUCACCUUAAAAUAAGUCUCGUGGUUUUGACAACCCCGUGGGGGGUGCCCAGGAGACGGAGGCGCUUUCGAACCCGAAGCGCUCGGUGCUGAGGCUGCGCGUCGGCCAGAGCCCCUGAGAAACUCCGGGCGGUUUCACCCAGGUGGCUUUUUCCUCCUGGAGAGCUGUGCUGGCUGGGGAGCUGUUUUCCUGGGAGAAGAGCGCUGCUCCUGGGGCCGUGGUAAGGCGGGGCAGACCCCCCCGCCCCCGCCUGGGGUGAUGGGAACGGUGCGAGCGGGCGCCUUUCCUGGCAGCUCCACGAGCGAGAUGGUGAAAUGCCCCAAAAUACAGGAGAGUCCCUCUGGCCCCUGCUCAUUUCCCAGCAGUAUGUGCAGGAAUGGGACUGAGCUCGCCUCUGGGCCUCCCAUUUAUUGUUUUGUUUGUUGGUUUUACUUGGUUUUCUAAACCUUUUUGAAAAGAGGUUAUGACCUCAUUUUCUUGGGAGGUGAGGAAAAGAAGGAAAAGCAGGGAGGGAGACCUCCGACAUCCCUGAUGUUAGAGAGACAAGAAACUUUGUAGUAAGACCAGAAGCGAAGGCUCUUCCGUGGGGGAGCAAGGCACUUGGGCGUGUCAGUAGUCAACACUGCAUUUUUAAAGGGUUUUUUCAGAAUGCAAUCUGUGAAUUUGUACAGGGGCCCCGUGCGACAUCUGUUACCGGGACACGCGGCGGGGAGGUGGGUUAUCGGCACCCGGGCUGAGCGCUGGGGCGAGGGAGCUGCCUGCAGGCUGUGGUUUUCCUUAAAUGCAAAUGUGUGUGAACGUUUUAGCAGCAAACAAACCGAUAAUCGCGUUCUUUGAGUGUAGGAAGGGCAUCUGAUUGCAUAUUUUAAAUGUAUUUUUUCUUACAGUCCAGCUGAUUUUGGAACACACAGCACAGAAAAAGAUAGUGCCUUCAACAACAGGCGAGUCUGCUUUUAAAGCAGGUUCCUUGGACCUUCUCAGUCUUGUCUCGAGCUCACUGCAGACCUGUGGGUUUGACCGUUCCCAUCUGUUUCUCACACGCCAGUUUUCAAGAUCUUUUGAAAGCUUUUUUUAUUGCAUUAAAAUGACAUUCUUGCCUUGAGUUCACAAACGACACUUCUUGCAAGAUUCUUUAGUUCAAUCGAUUCCCAGUUCCCACACAUGGAAUGUAUAUCACUAAAACUAGAAAUAGCGGUGGCAUUUAUAACUGGAGACAAUUCUCUCAUGGAAAUUGGUUUUAACGGUGUAAUUUUUCAAACUCAGAGAAGCUAUGUCUUAACGAUAAAGAUCGCUAUCAAUUUAAUUCUCAGUUGGUAGUCAUUUAUUGAAAAUGGAAGCUUUUACCUAGAAAGAAGUAGGCACUUGCCGCUCUGUAACCCCUGCAGCCGUUCAUCCACUGCAGGCGGGUUUCUGCCGGGGGGACGCCCCGGGGCGGUUUGUCCCGACGGCUGGAAGGGCCGAGGGGCUGGAUGGAGCAGAGCGGCUCGGACCCGCCCGGGGCAGCCGCUGGCGCAGGAGGACGCUUUCUGUACAACGGAAGCGAGAUUUUAGCUGCCAGACGUUGCGAUUCCCACAUGUGCUUGUGUAGUGGUACGGAAAGAAAAAGGAGAAACCACAACUAUAAAAAUAACGUGUUUUCCCAAGGUAAUGUUACAAAAAACCACCGUUCGUGCCAUGUUGGAGUGUGUGGGUUAAUACUGCCCGAAGAAGCCGUAGUUAACGUGGAAAACGUGAAUGAUUGUUUCAAAACCUUUAAAGCAUUAAGGUGCUUUAAUCAGCUGUUCUCUGAGGACAGAGGUUCGCAUUUCGGCGACGCCGAAGGAGCGGGGCUGCCGGUUGGUGUGGUGCGGAGGGGCCUCGAGGGAGAGGAGGCCCCGUCCCGCGCGCCAAAGGCUCGGAGCUGCUCGGGGACCCCAGGAGGACAGCGGGAGGAGCUGGGGGGGCACGUCCGGAGCUGGCGCUGGUUUUCCCCCCCUGAUCCUUCACUUGGGGACAGACGCUGGGCUGGUGGAGGCGAAGGGGCGUCUCGGGUGAGCCCUGGUGGGACUUGAGCUCUUCCCUCGCUCCCCGGGCUUUGCGCAGGGUUCCCUUGCUCCCGCCCAGCCCCGGGGAGGGGGGUGGUGGCUCUGCCCCCCCGGGGGUCCCCAUCGCAGGGGAGAUGCAGCAGUGGCCUCUCAGGCUGCCCAAAAUCUCGAGCGACCCAAGGUUGAGGGGGCAGAGGAAGCAGCUCCCUCCCGCCCCUGGUGCUGGGGCAGCCUCUGACGCGCCCCGGGCCUGCCGGGGGACGUCACCUUCUGAAACCUGCAGCCACGAGUGGGGCAGGGAGAGAGGGAACGCGCCUGCCUGUCUCCUUGCUCUUCUGCUGAGGUUUUUUUUUUUUUGUUUUUUUUUUUUUUUUUUUUUUUUUUUCCCAGCCU